AUGAAUGUUCUCUUGUUGAUUUCUGUAGUCUACGUUUCAAGGCUCUGCGGCUGCACCGGAGGCGGGUCCAAGGAGGAGGUGCAAGACAUUGAUCCAGGGUACGAACAGGACGUUAACGAUGUCGUUUCAGCCUUUACUGCUCACAUUGUCAAGGCUAAAGGGUCUUUGGACGACGCAGGCUCAGCUCUCAGGGCUGCCAAGGCAAUGCUGGACGCAUACAUCAAAUUCUCUAAUGAAAAUCAGGACCAGAAACCAGACAUGGAAAAGAUCAGGGAAGCCUUUUCAGAGGUCAUCAAGGUUUUAGAUGCAACUGUAACGUUCUCAUGGGCCCUCAAAGUCUUCCAGGAUGCUCUUGGAACUCUGCCAGAAACGUUUGUCUCUGCACUCGUGACUUUACAAGGCCAGGAAGAAAACGUCAAGAACACCCUCGAAAAGGCAAAGGGUUCAACCUUGGGAAUAAGCGGUCUGGAUGUUCUAAACAUGCUAAAAAUUGGGAGUAAUGCGGAGUCUACAUGCGAAGAUUCGGAAGAAUCUUCAGAUUCCAUAACGACGAUAUUCUAG